GCAAUGUCAUUUUUUCAUAGAAAUCGUGAAGUUAGGGAACGUCGUAGUUGCAGUGUUACGUGAAAAUAAGUGGUUUAAAAUAUAUAUAACUCUUAAUUUAUAGCCAGAAAAAAGUGUUAAUUGCAUAAUUAAGUGAGUUUAAUUUUAAUUAGAGGCAUUCACGUAAAAUGGAUGUUUCUGUAAAAACGCAAGAUGAAAAUGAAGCGCGUGUAGCAGAGGAAUACCUUUCCAGCCUGUCCGAUCUCACUUGUAAUAGUAAACCAUUGAUAAAUAUGCUAACUAUGCUAGCAGAGGAAAACAUCGCAUGUGCACCAGUUAUAGUUAAAGUGGUUGAACAACACAUCGCUAAGGUACCGCCAGAUAUAAAGUUGCCUUUGCUAUAUUUAAUAGAUUCUAUCGUGAAAAAUGUAAAAAGCACAUAUAUUCAUCUCUUCAGUCAAUGUAUUGUGAACAUAUUUUGCGAUGUCUUCGAAAAGGUAAACGAAAAAAUUCGUGAACGAAUGUAUGCAUUAAGGCUCACUUGGAAUGAAGUAUUUCCGUCUCAAAAACUCUACGCAUUGGACGUUAAGGUGAAGCGCAUAGACAAUAAUUGGCCAAUUACAGCAAAGCAAGCGCAACCGUCUAUCCACGUGAAUCCGAAUUUCUUGAAAUCUGUGGGUAAUGUACAAGCCGGCGAUGUUGAGGAAAUCUUGCAAGCUAAAACUCGUGAAUUGUUGGAAUUGAAAAAACGUAAACUCGAGCUGGAAUUAGAGGCGACAAAAAAGAGUUUAGAAGAACAAGACAAACAGUUGUCAAAGGUGGCAAAUGGUAUCUUGCCACCAGAAGCAAACACAAUGUCUAACAUGCGUGUGCCUGUAGUACCCACGCAAAUAAUGCCACCUGGCAUAAUGGCGCCCAAUAUGAUGCCACAACACCACAUGCAUCCCCGUGCACAGCAUCCGGUGAUUGUAGGUGGCGGCGGAGUGCCGCCAGCAUCAAUGUUUCAUCCAAGCUUUCAUCACCCUAGACCGCAACAACCACAACAACACAUGCCAGUCGGUAUGAUAUCUAUGCCGCCACAGAAUUUUCCACCUGCCAACAGUGGCAACAAACCGAAAGUACAUCCUGUUAAUCCCGCAUUGUUAAACACCAUAAGACAUCGAGAUCCGCGUUUGGCGCGCCAACAGCAAAUACAGGAAAUCACGCCGUCAAUGCGUGGAACAUCAAAAUCUUCUUCGCGCGAUGGCGAUGAUUCGCAUAAGUCGGAUAGUAAGUCGUCUUUAUCGACGGCAUACCGCAAUGGUAGCAGCAGCAAAAGUAGCCGUAGUGAUGGUUCCAGUAAUGCCAGUGGCAGUGUGAGCUCGGUGGGCAGACAUUCUUCAACGAGUGAGAGUCAGCGGAAAGGCAGCUCGUCACGCGACAAGGAGAAGGAUAAAGAUCGUAAACGUAGUGAAUCGAAAAGUUCAACUUCAUCCGGCGGUUCGAGUUCCUCGGAGCGACAGAAAAGCUCUACAUCUAGUUCUGCAGCUGCAUCUUCCAGCAGCAGGAGCAGUAAAAAGUCGACAACUAGCAAAUGUGAUAAAGACGCCUUUGAGAUCGCACCACUUUCAACUACUUUCAAGCGUAAGACCUCGACUACAUCGCUGUCCGGCAGUGAAUCAUCGUUUUCACGUAAAAAAGAUAUGAAACGCAAAACACACACUACCCAUUCAUCACCGACACUAAAGCAUCGUUCCCGUAGUCGCUCGCCAAUUGAGUCAAGUGUUGGCAAGAGUGCAACUAUCUGCACUAGCGGAGGCAGUUUGUCGGAUCGCGAUGAUAGGCGUGCAAUGCCAACAUUUUCGCCUAAGAAGCAGCCCAAAAAUCACAUAACCGAUUCGGAACACGAGGAGGACCUGUGUAACAACAAAAACACCGCUCUGAAAGUAGAAAACAAAAACAAAUCUACAGCGCAACCACCAGCAACGACUGUUGCUCUUGAUAAUGAUGACGAAAUGUCAACAACAAUUUCAAUGGCGUCAACAUCAACAGCAGCGAAAGGAAGAGGAGUUGUCGGUGGAAUAUCGCUGAUGAAAACUGAAACUGCAGCUGAAGAUGAGGGUGGCAGUGGCGGUAGCGGUGGCGGUGUAGGUGGUGGUGGUAAUGUUAGUGUUAAGCGUCACAGCAGCAUAGAGGCGCCAGAACAGCAGCUGACUAAGCCAAAAAUACCGCCACUGUCACCAAGCGCGUUUGAAUCAAUGCAGGUCGACGAGGUCAGUGGCGAUGAAAUGAAACGUCUCUCCACGUCUAAUUUAGAUCCGGAAGAACCAUUGGCCAAGAAGAGUAAAUCAGCGAAAUUUGAUGCAUUAUUCGGUGACGAAGAUGUGGAUCUACGUACUGGUAUACCGCCACAGAUAUUGGUCGCUCAACAACAUCAACAGCUUCAACAUAAGCCGCAGCGAAGUGAUAGUAAAUCACCGACACCACCGCCGCCACCAUUUAUAACAGAUGACCAGAACGCGGAGAGUUGGAAUAAUUUGAAGACUGCAAAAACAACAAAAGCAUCAUCACCUUCGAAAAAAUCUUCGAACCUAGAUGACGUGCGUGCCAAACUGGCGAAGGCAACAAAAUACAGCAAAUUUAAUAAAACCGAGAAAUCCAGCAAAGAUUUUGCUCAACGUCUCAAACUUUCCGAUGCGCAAUUAAAUGAUGAUUCCCAAGACGCGAAUGAUGAAAAAAUUCGCACGAUAGUUGCACAAGCACAAGAGCUGCUCGAAACCAAAUCCAUUAAUCAGGAUCAAUACAAAAAUCUUAUGCAGAAAGUAAUGUCCAUAAAUGAGACGAGCAAAUUGAAGGAGGCAAAGAAACGGGAAUCUCUUAGUGGCAGUGUACCGAGUGUAAAGCAAAUUGACGAUGAUGAAGAAACCGCCGAAGCGCAACGCGCCGCAGCGGCACGUGAAGCUGUGCUAAAAAAACGUAUUCCAAAGUUGAUUAGAAAUUCCGCUACCCCAAGUGAAAGUACCACCACUUCUUCUGCGGAGACAGCCAAUAGCAACACCUCUAAUAGAUCGCCUAUUUAUGAUGAACGCAGCAAUGACAACAGCGACACUAGUGCACCACCGCGUUCAAAGCCGCAAAGGGAAAAGCGUGUAAAGCAUUCGAAAUGGGGCGAAAAAGUAGACAGCGCUGUUGGUACCGGUGCACCUGGUAACCCAAAUUUGCCCAAGCCUUGGACAAAAGGUGGCAUGAUGAGGCAACAUCCUGUUGUUGGCGGUUUCCGUGGUGGCCCAUCACCUCCGAAUAUGCCCAAUAUACAUCCACAAAUGCCUUGGCAAAUGCAAAUGCCGCCCGGUAUUGCACCAGGUCCGCCAUUUGUAAAUCCAGGGCCAAUGAUACGUAGCAGUGUGCCGCCGCCGCCGCAGGCACCAGUGCUGCCUAAUAUACCACUGCCACCCAAUAUACCGAAGCCCUGCAAUUCCAUCGACAAUCCACAAGCCGAUUUAGUGCGUACCAUCACCAUUGAUGGCCUGUCAAAGGAAAUACGCAUCUAUGAUCAGGUGGCGAUCGUUUUCAUGGAAUUGGACCAGCCACGCGAAAUUGGUUUCCAGGCCGGUCAGCGUUCAAUCAUCAUUGAUGAUGAGCCGCCAAUAGCACUGCAAUUCAAUGACGAUUACAAAACUUUCAAUAUUAACGGUCAACCGCAUCGUUUACGUUUUGGAUUUCCAUCGCGUGAGCUGUACAUUGACGAGCACUGGUAUGAGAUAUACUUUGGCGGGCCACCCGUGUCGAUUCCCAUACAAAAUCGAAUACAUAUUCUUAAAGCGGAAGGGCCACCGCCACAAGUGAACAUCGGUGGUUUGCGUCGCGAUUUGGUUGUCGGAAAAAUUAAUAUGAUUGUGGAUGCACACAUUGUUAUACCAUUGUUCCUAGAUGCCAAGCCGCAGAGCUUCAAACUUGGCGAAAUGGAUCAUACUGUACAGUUUGCGGAUAAUUUGUUGACAGUCUUGCUGGAUGGUGAGCCAGCUAAAGUGGAGUAUGGAGGGUUGCCGAAAAGCUAUGUGCUUGGCGGUGUAAGCUACUUCAUACGAUUCGGUGCUUUGCCGCAAGGUUUGAAAGCGGGCCAAAUCGAAAUCAAAGAUAUGAUUUAUGUGAAAACGGAAAAGCCUGCUCCAGUGCCUAUAGCACCCAUUGCAUCGCCGAAGAAAGAAGUAGUCGAACCUACUUCUGAAGGUGUAAAACCAGAUGUAGAUAAUAAGACUGAACCAGUAAAGGUUGAAAAGAUUGAUAUGGACGCAACUGAACCUAAAUUGGAAGCCGCGGUUAAAGCACCCGAAGCCGAUCAACCAACGAUUGAAAAGAGUGAACCACAAGUGGUCGGCACAGCCGGCACCGGCAAUACUGCUAUACCAAUAUUCUCUGCUACGGCUUUAAAUAAGAUCAAUAUCGAUGAGCUAUUCCAGAAAUUAGUCUCAUCUGGUAUAUUGGGCGGUGCUGGUAGUGUUGUAGCGUCAAGCAAUAAGGAUGCAGGUGUUCUACCAUCACCUGCCACACUUGAAGAGGAGCCACCACAACCAAUUGCUAUACGGCCAAUUGACUUAUCCAAAUCAGAGACCAUCAAAACGCGGCAGGCAGCGAUUGUGGACACUCUCUUUUCGGGCAUGCAGUGUAGUAGUUGUGGUGUGCGCUUUCCACCAGAGCAGACCAUCAAGUAUAGUCAGCAUUUAGACUGGCAUUUUCGCCAGAAUCGGCGUGAAAGAGAUCUAUCGCGAAAGGCACAUUCACGUAAAUGGUUUUAUGAUCUUGCCGAUUGGGUACAAUAUGAGGAAAUUGAGGAUUUAGACGAGCGAGAGAAGAACUUCUUCGAAGCGCAGCAAAAUGAUAUUGAAACUUGUGACGAGACGUCAAAUCAAAAGUGGCUCAAUUCACCAGCGCCACUUAGUUGUCCGGCUUUAACGGAAGAUGUCGAUCGUGCUUGCGAUAUGUGUCAAGAGAAGUUUGAACAGUUCUAUAAUGAGGAAACUGAGGAGUGGCACUUGCGGAACGCCAUACGGGUUGAGGACAAGAUAUAUCAUCCGUUAUGCCACGAAGAUUACAAGGCUGCGCUAAAUGCGAAAAAUGAAGAAACAGACGAUAAGGCGGAAGCCAAGGCUGCAGAAGAUACAAAUGCGGAUGAGGAUGUGAUAAUUAAAAUUGAAGGCGAUGAUCACAGCGAUGUUGAAGAUAAAACUGUGGAUGCCACAGAUAUUACAAUGGAUGAUGAUGACGAUGAUGUUAUCGUGUUGCCCAAUGAAGAACCCUCAGUGACCGAAAUUGACGACGAUGAUGAAUAUGUGCCCGAAAGUGUACCACCAGUCGCAGAUAAAGAUGCCAUUGAUAUUGACGUUGAGGACAAUGAGGAUGCAACUAAUGCUGACGCGGAUGCCGCAGGAUCAGAUGUGGAAAUACAAGAACCGCACAUUCCAUUCACAGACUUGGAUACGUACGUGGAAAAGGAGCAACCAGAUGCCGAUGAUACAACACAAAUGUCUUUUAUGAACGUUAAAAUCAAGGAAGAACCAAAGGACGACGAUGAGGAUGAAGACGACGGUUUUGAGGAUGUAGGCACCGUGCUAAUGGUACCCGACGAGGAGAUAUCAAUACAGAGUAGUGAAGAGACACAAACUCAAACGAUUGCCUCAUCGACGUCGGGCAUGUCGCCUACUACCGAUCGGCCACCUUCCUCGCAAUCUCUUAUGCAAAUUGAUGCCGCGGAGUUCGCAGAAGGUUCAGCUGUAGCGCCGAUUGAUUUAAAUACCUCCAUUGACGGCAAUACCGGCACCGAAGACGAGCACAAUUUGUCCACUGUUGGUCCAUCACCUGCGAUACCAUUGGCUAGCUUAGUUAAUAAAAUUAAAAUAAAUAUUGCUAAGAAUAGUAUAUCAGCAAAUAGUAGUAGUACUAGUAAUAAUAAUAGUAAUAGUAAUAGCGUUAAUAACUCAGUGAUAGGCACAACUGCAGCAACCACCAGCCAUUCAAUGGGUAGUCCAACCAAACAAUCAACGACAUCUGACACGCAUACAGGCGAAAAUACUGACGGUAUUGUUAGGGGUGAAAACACAGCGCAAUAUAGCAAUGUAUCAGCUAUAGGUGUUGUGUCCACCAUACCAGUCUUGUGCGGCGGCGGCACUACGAGUGCACGGACCACUACCGUAACUCCGGUGUCGACCAGUAGCAAUGCAAAAAAUAUAGCUGCCAAUGAAGAGUCCAAUGUAAGUACGAUAUCUGUCAUUGGCAGCUAUGGCAGUACAUCGUCAGCGCCGCGUUAUUUCCCGCCAUCUACGUCAAGCACAGUCGUGCCGGCUGUCGCAAAGCGACAACAAACUACAACGGCAUCGCCGCCGCCACCACAAGAGGAACCUUUGCCACACGAAUUGAAAGAGGCAUUGAAGAAUGUCAAGCUGACAAAAACAAAAAAGGUGCAAUGUGGCGUCGAAACAUCUGGGCUAUGCUCUAUCAUGUAAACAGUUCACGUAGAAUCUAAUAAUAAAAUAAUUAUAUCAUAGUUAACCGUUUAAUAAUUUCACAUUGGAAUGUGAAUCAGAAAUUUAUGCUCUUUCAUACGUGGAUAUGUGCAUCGUACAUGCCAUGUGUGCACUGUGUUAUAUGCUAUUUGAUGAGCUAUUAAAAAACAUACAUGCAUAGGUGGAUUGGUAUUUUAGUAUCAACAUUUUAAAACAACAACAAAAAAACAUUGGCGUUUAUAGUUUAAUUUUUUUACCUUACUUUAGAACAUUAAUGAACCACUUGAUUUAACUGAAAUGAAACUGAAUGGAGUAUAUAAAAAAUAUAUAUACAUAUUUUUUUGGAUAGCGUACUUAUGAGUGUGAGCAUGCGUGCGCCUAUAAGCAUUUUAUUUGAGAUAAAUGCAACUGUAACGUCAGUAAAUAUGCGCGCUUUUGGAAAUACAUACUACUCUUCGAGCCAACCAAGAACUUCGCUCACUUCCGCUACUUUUGAAAUAUUUAUACCAAUAAACAGAAAAAUAAAGAACACUUUGUUAUUACUUACUUUUCCAUUAUUAUUUGUAACAAUCUCUUCAAGAAUUAAUAUAAAUAAACUGCAUUGCCUAUUAA